AUGCAAGAACGAAUUGAUCAAUUAAUUAAUUCAUUUCGAAGUUCAUUUUGGAUUGAAGAACAUCAAUGGUUUGUUCGAUGUCUUACAGUAAAGAAAACUAUCUAUUUCUACAAUUUACCGAGCUCAUUUUGUAUUUGUGAAAACAAACUUCCUGAUUUAUGGCGAUCAACAUAUCCAGAUGAUAAUCAACAAGAAUUUUACAAUAACAUUACUACAAUUCAUAAUGAAAUAUUUUUUAAUCAAUUAAUCCUACCUGAAAUUCGUUUACGUAACAUUAAUGAUCUUCAUAUAAGACUCCCUAUUAACGAUCAAUUUUGGUUAAUUGUUCCAAGUUUGGAACGAUUGUCUUCACUUAACAUUUCAUAUCAUACUGAUCAUUUUCAAUCUCAACUGCAAGCUUUACUUGAUCGAGCACCUCAUCUGCGUUAUCUAUGUAUCGAUCAAGAUCAAUCAUUACCUCUUCAAAUCUCAUUGUUUAAAUAUACAAAUAAAUCAGUUCGUGAAUUCAAUUUACAAAAUUAUAAUUAUUCAUUUGAUGAAGAAGAAUGUAUGAGAUUAUGUCAUUCACCGUUGGGUAUUCAAUGUCAAAUACUUUUCAUUCAUGUAAAAAAUCGUCAAAGUAUUAUUAUUCUUGUCAAAAAUAUGAUCAAUCUUCAAGUAUUACACAUUAAAUGCAACGAUGAAAUGUUCAAUAAACAAUCAACAUCAAACGAAAAUAACAAUGAACAAUUUUAUGAUGAAAAUAUAGAAAAUAAUGAUGAUCUUAUUCAAUGGUUAAAAGACCAUCUACCAUCAACAUGUUUAGUUGUCAAAGAUCUUCACUCAACUAGCCUCAUUCGAAUAUGGAUCUAA